CAUGGAGAGGAAGAGCUCAGCUGGCGCGGGGAAGCUGAAUCCCAGCAGCCGGGCGGCAGGCGACGGGCACUGCGCCCUGGGCGGCGGCGGUGGCAACCAGGCGGCUGGCGCUGCGGAGCCGGACGAGCUCAUUCGGCGAGCGCUGGACUUCAAGAGCCAAGGGGCUCAGUGCUACAAGGAGAAGAAAUGCCGCGAAGCCAUCGGCAAGUACCACCGGGCGCUGCUGGAGCUGAAGGGGCUGCUGCUGGCCCAGGAGGAGCGCCGCGACGAGGCCCCCUCUGCCGCCUCCGCCAGCAGCGCCGCCAGGCUCACCGACGAGCAGAGGCGGCUGCUGGAGAGCAUCGAGGUCGACUGCUACAACAGCCUGGCAGCUUGUCUACUUCAAGCUGAGCUGGUGAAUUAUGAGCGAGUCAAAGAAUAUUGCCUGAAAGUACUGAAGAAAGAAGGAGAGAACUUCAAGGCACUGUAUCGGUCAGGUGUAGCAUUCUACCACCUUGGAGACUACAACAAAGCACUUUACUACUUGAAAGAAGCAAGGUCUCGGCAGCCAGCAGAUACCAAUGUUGUACGGUACAUCCAACUGACAGAGAUGAAACUUAGCAGAUGUUCCCAGAAGGAGAAAGAAGCUUUGUGAGAGAAAACCCAGAUUCAUGACACUCCUUGACUGGACACAUCCUCCCUUAAAAUGCCCAUUGGGUGGAUUUUGCCCAUUUUCUCUACGUUAGCUGACAGUUUCUCUGCCUUCUUCUUUCCUUUUGAUCUGAGCUCAAACAUUUUUUGUUGUUGUUUCUGGAAGAAGAAACAUCACCUUUGGAUCUGGCUUUGGCUGUUUGCUGGCAUCGUGUUAAAAUCCCAGCCCUCUCAGCACAAUUGCUGCAGUCAGUCAGGUUCUGGGGCUUAGUUUGACGGGAUUAGUGAUUAGUGAAAGGGAUGCAUUUAGCCUACAGCUGACUGUUUGCUGUGAGACCAUCUUUCUGAAACCACACUAUCAUGCUGCAAACAGGAGAUCCACUUUUCCCCUGAGGUGGUGGACAAGAGCCUUCAGCUAUGCAUGGGAGACAAGAGUCCUCGUUUGGCAGCUUCAUGCAUCUGCGGACUUCCAGGCUCCAGCAAGAAGCCCUGUUUACAGUCUCAUGCCAAUGAGACUAUUGCAAUACAGUCUGUUUAAAGCACAUGAAAUAUGUACUUUAAGCAACAAACUCUUAAGUGCAGAAGGCCUUGGAGGCCAUGGUGGAACUUUUCAAAGAAUGUGAAAGGACACCAUAUUGUUUUGGGUACAAAGUUGUAGUGUGAUAAAAUAAUAUCAAAUAUCUAUUUGUGGGCAGCAGUCCUACAUGUCCUCAGAGCCGCCGUGAGCCCGCCUUGGCGGGGAGGGUGGGAUAAAAGUGGAAUUAAAUAAAUCAGUAAAUAAAUGUUAUUUCUAGGAGGUACAGCUCCUAAAGUUACUAGAUACAUGAUCUUGUAUCUAGUUGCUUCUCAGAGAGUGGAAACAGGCACACUGAAUUAUGGCUUUGCCACCAGCCCAGUGGGCAGCCAUGGGCAAGUCAUGUAUCCUCUUUGCCUGAUUCUCCAUCUGUACAUCGGGAGUAGCAGUGUCUCCCUACCUCACAGGGGCUGUUGUGAGGAUUUGUUGAUGUUUGUACAGUGCUAAAUAUUAUUAUUGGUACACUGGA